AAGAAGAAGGAGGAGAAAUCAAGUAAAACAGUAGGGGGAGAUAACGCUGCGGCUGGAUGCACUGGCAGAAGAAGCAGUAGAAGAAGAAGAAGCGGAAGCGGAAGAGGAGGGCAGCUGGAGGAACCAGGAAGUGGUUGUCAACACUGCUUUUAGCGAACGGAAUUAACUUUUCUAACGCAGUUUAUUGAGAAACCGUGACAUUAUAAACCGAGUUGAACGAGUCUGCCUCGCUGACAAACCGCCAGCAGCACUAACGUCACUUUCAUUGUGAACCGGAGCCGUCCAACAUGGCGGCGGUAGACGUGGAGGAUGAGAGCAUUUUGGCGUCGAUCUUUAGGGACAGCUUCCCGGACAGCUGGAGGGUCAACCCGGACUUCGCGGUCUACCUGUCCGAGCUGAGCUCCUUCGGGGUGGACAAGCUGGUCCGGGAGCCGGAGCGGCUGGCGGAGGAGCGGGCUCAGAUCCUGCAGCAGACCCGGGAGCUGGCCUUCUCCAACUACCAGACCUUCAUCCGCACCGCCGACUGCACCGAGCACAUCUACCGGGACUUCGGCCGGGUGGAGGGCAGCGUGUCCCGGCUGCUGGACAAGCUGCCCAGCUUCGAGGAAAGAUGCAGGGGGUUUAUGAAGGAGGCGGAGGAGAUCGGGGCCAGUCGUCGGAUGAACAGCCUCACGUUGAACCGUCACACCGAGAUCCUGGAGAUCCUGGAGAUCCCUCAGCUCAUGGACACCUGCGUCCGCAACGGCUACUACGAGGAGGCUCUGGAGCUGGCAGCGUACGUCAAGAGGCUGGAGAAGAAGCACUCGUCCCUCCCGGUCAUCCAGGGUAUCGUGCGUGAAGUGCGUCAGUCGACUCAGCUGAUGCUCAACCAGCUGCUGCAGCAGCUGCGCAGCAACUCGCAGCUUCCCGUCUGCCUGCGUGUGAUUGGCUACCUGCGGAGGAUGGACGUGUUCACGGAGGCGGAGCUGCGGGUGAAGUUCCUGCAGGCGCGCGGCACCUGGCUGCACUCCAUCCUCGCCUCCAUCUCUGAAGACGACCCCUACUUCCACAUCACCAAAACCAUCGAGGCCUGCAGAGUCCACCUGUUCGACAUCAUCACCCAGUACAGAGCCAUCUUCUCUGACGAGGACCCGCUGGUGCUCCUCGUCGGCGGGCAGGUGGCGGUGAACGAGGGCGCCAUCUUCCACGGCUGGGUGGUGCAGAAGGUGGCAGAGUUCCUGGAGACUUUAGAGAGGGACCUGCAGCGCGGCGUGGGGGGCCGCCUGGACUCCCUGCUGGGUCAGUGCAUGUACUUCGGCCUGUCCUUCAGCAGGGUGGGGGCGGACUUCCGUGGGCAGCUGGCGCCCAUGUUCCAGCGGGUGGCGGCGGAGACGUUCCGCAGAGCCGUGCGUGAGGCGGUGGACAAGUUCCAGGAGGACAUGAACCUGUACACGCUCAUCGCCCUGCCCUCGGUGCUGGGAGGGACCAUCCCCCCCGUGGCCCCCAGCACCCAGCCUGGCACCCUGCAGCCCCCCAUGUCCCUGCUGGACUUCGAGCCGUUGGCCUGGUUCCUCAACAACAUCCUGACCGCCUUCAACGACCUCCGGCUCUGCUGCCCCGUCGGACUGGCUCAGGACGUCACCAAGUGUCUCGAAGACGCCCUCAAGAUGGUGACCCGUCAGAUUUUGGUGUUUCACCGGGCGGAGGAGUCGGCCUUCAGCAGCAGAGAGAGGGAGCUGUUUGUUCAGUUCUGCUGUUCGUACGCUGACGAUCUGCUGCCGUUCCUCAACCGCUGCCUGCAGGUCCUGUUUCCUCCGGCUCAGCUCGCGCUCAUUCUGGGUGUUCCUCCGACUCAGCUGCACAGGUACGGCAGUUUGGGCCGCAUCGACCUCCCUGCAGUCCUCGAGCCUCUGGACUUUGUGCUUCCACAGAGGGAGACGUUAAAACCAGAACCAGCACCGGAGGUCGACAUCAGCACCGAACUGGGCAGCCUGACGUUUGAGCCGCAGCUCAAAGAGCCUUCAACCGAUCCUGACGUCACCGCGGAGGCGGGACGUCCCGACCCGGCGUCGACCCGGUCCGACCUCAGAGACUCGGAGUCCGAGCCGAAGUCUGAGGAACAAGAGACGAUACGGGACGAAGACUUUUCUUUGGAGUAACUGACACUAGUACUGGAAUAAGGUGUUGAUGGUGAAAAUUAAAAACUACCUUCCUCUC